AUGUCGAGACCCGAGGACACCCUGUCCGCGGACGUCCACUAUGACGACGUCGAAGCCCGCAAGUACACGACCUCGUCGCGAAUUCAGAACAUCCAGGCCUCCAUGGCCCACCGUGCCCUCGAGCUGCUGGACCUGUCGUCUCCCUCGCUGAUUCUCGACGUUGGCUGCGGCAGUGGUCUUUCCGGCGAGAUCCUGUCGUCGCUGCCGCCAGAGGAAGGCGGUCCCCACGUCUGGAUUGGCAUGGACGUCUCCGCCUCCAUGUUGGACGUGGCGCUGCAGAGAGACGUCGAGGGCGAUCUGCUGCUAGCCGACAUUGGCCAAGGGGUUCCGUUUCGGGCCGGAACAUUCGACGCAGCCAUCAGUAUCAGUGCCAUCCAGUGGCUGUGCAACGCCGAGAGCAGUGAUGUGUCACCGCAGGGCAGGCUUUCGAGGUUCUUCAACGGUCUGUACGCCAGUCUGAAGCGAGGCGGCCGUGCCGUCUGCCAGUUCUACCCCAAGAACGACGAGCAGAAGAAGAUGAUCACGGGCGCCGCCGUAAAGGCCGGAUUUGGCGCCGGCCUGUUGGAGGACGAUCCUGACACCAAGAACGUCAAGGUCUACCUGGUUCUUACUGUCGGCCAAGCCGUGGUCAACGGCCAGACAGGCGACAUUACCGGUGUUGUCAAGGGCAUGGAUAAUGUCGACGUCAUGGACGCGAGACGAAAGGCCUCCAGUGGAAAGGGCGAGAUCAAGAAGGGAAGCAAAGCAUGGAUCAUGCACAAAAAGGAGCAGAUGGAACGAAAAGGCAAGGUGGUCAAGUCGACUUCAAAGUACACUGGACGGAAGAGAAGAAUUGCUUUCUAG